GGGGAAGCUGAGGACUGUGCGGCCGCGCCUCCCCGCCUGGUUGAUCAGAUUUAAACUUUUUUAUAUAUAAAUGAAUGUCCAUGGCUUUUGUCUCACAAUUCAGACGGGGAGCUGUACGUUUUGAGAUUGUUACACGGUGGUAGAGGGCCUGGGUGAUGCACAGGCUUCUCCAUUAGCUGGUGGGGAAAGAAGGUACAAAGACAGACACCCCUCCUCUGGAAAAGAGGAAAGCCGUGGGCCGGGAGGCGUGGAGCUGUGGCGUCGCGUUUUGUUCCCCAGCACGGCUGCGCGAGCCCGAGAGCGCGCCUCUCCGUCGAGCCCGAGCGACCAGCGGAGCUGAACUUGUUGUCUCAGGAGAGAGAGAGAGAGAAAACACCGCGGCGGAGCUGCCGAUUCUGUGGGUUGCGAUUUUGACAUACACCGUCCGGUGAGAGCUGGGAGACAAACGCGAUCCCCGCUCCGGAGUUAAAGUCACCUGGGAACUUUUGUUUGCCCCAGCCUGGGUCUUGUUUCCAUAAACCCGGAGGGGUCGAAAACACGCGAGCGGCUCUCGGGUUGGGUUUUGGGCCGGAGCGUUUCCUUGUGGGGAGCCGGAGGGGCAGCAGCCGCUCCCCCGCCCGCCUGCCUGCCUGCCUUUGACAGCCAGAGCCAGGGUAGCGCCGACCGCAGACGCCAGAUCUCUUACCGCUUUAUUAAUCGUUUGGGGAACUUAAGAAACGGUGGGGGAAGGAUAGUUUGAGCUGUAACGAAGAAGGGGAGUCUGUUCUGAUCGCAUUUAAUUUCGCCGUCCGUGGUUCAAACCCGACGUCCUUUUGCCUUCUAGGGUUUUAUUAAAAUGAAAAUUUCCAUUCGGGAUUUCUGUUAUCAUUGUUGUGGAUGAUUGCGUUUUGAAGUGGAGGGAUCAAUCGUCAGAAGUGAUGCGCUGAAGAAAAGCCUUUUCAGAUGAAGUAACACGAAAAUGGUAUUAUUACUAGUUCAAUACAUUUGCCAAUAUACUGCUUCGGUUGAGUAAUUUGGACGGAAAACCCCGUUUCAGUGAAUAAGUCCGGGCUGCAGGCUUACGUUCUAGCGAGAGGACCGUGAAGAAGGGCACAAGAAAAUGUCGUUUUUUAACUUUCGUAAGAUUUUUAAACUUGGGACGGAUAAGAAGAAGAAACAGUACGAGCACGUCCACAGGGAUGUGAAUCCGGAGGAAGUGUGGGAGAUCGUGGGAGAGCUGGGAGACGGAGCCUUCGGGAAAGUGUACAAGGCUCAGAAUAAACAGACAGGGAUCCUGGCAGCCGCAAAGGUGAUCGACACGAAAUCAGAGGAAGAGCUUGAAGACUACAUGGUAGAGAUUGAUAUUCUGGCAUCAUGCGACCACGCUUACAUAGUCAAACUGCUGGAUGCCUUCUAUUAUGAAAACAAAUUGUGGAUUUUGAUCGAGUUUUGUGCUGGGGGAGCCGUAGAUGCAGUUAUGUUGGAGCUAGAGAGGCCUCUGACAGAGCCCCAGAUCCGGGUCGUGUGUAAACAGACUCUGGAUGCCUUGAGUUACCUUCAUGAAAACAAGGUUAUUCACAGAGAUCUGAAAGCAGGGAAUAUCCUCCUGACUUUAGAUGGAGAUAUUAAACUGGCUGACUUUGGCGUGUCUGCUAAGAACACAAAAACACUACAGAGAAGAGAUUCUUUUAUUGGGACACCGUACUGGAUGGCUCCAGAAGUGGUAAUGUGUGAGACUUCCAAAGACAGGCCCUAUGAUUACAAAGCUGACAUCUGGUCUCUGGGAGUCACUUUAAUUGAAAUGGCACAGAUAGAGCCUCCUAACCACGAGUUGAAUCCAAUGAGAGUUUUGCUGAAAAUAGCCAAAGCAGACCCUCCCACAUUGAUGCAGCCAUCACGAUGGUCUCCAGAGUUUAGCGAUUUUCUUAGGAAAGCGCUGGAUAAGAAUGUGGAUAACAGAUGGAGUACCUCCCAGCUCUUGCAGCAUCCAUUUGUGGUGAAUGUGGCUGAUAACCGGCCUCUUCGAGAGUUGAUUGCAGAGGCCAAGGCAGAGGUCACUGAGGAGAUAGAGGAGGGUAAAGAGGAGGAGGAAGAGGAAGAAACGGAGCCAGCGCAGCACGUGUCUGGCCACAAGAGAGCCCCUUCAGACGCCAGCAUUGCAAGUUCUGAAGAUGAGAAGCUCUCGCAGUCUGCUUCCAUUCUGGAGUCCGUUUCUGAGAAGACUGAGAACAUAGAAGACCGGGCCAGUGACAAGCUCUCGGAUGAGGGCAUAGGCACUAGCGAAGCCGACAAAACGGAGAAUGAGAAACUUAACGAGAACAAUAUUUCUGACACCAGCAAUGAGGACAUAGGCAGUGGGGAGGAGCUUCUCGUGGACCAAGAGGAAGCACCAACAGAAAGGAAGGAGGAAGAUCUUGCGGAGACACCAAGCGCAUCGAAGGAAGAUGACACUAAGAUCGAGGAGACCAAAGAAUUGCAAGAUGAAAAAGAAAAGGAAUCUGAUAUGGACGAAUCAGCACUAGAGAUCAGCACAAAGGAGGAAGGAGAGCCUGCAGAAAGCACAGGUGAAGAUGUUCCAAAGGAGCCUGCAGUUAAAGAACUCCCCUCACCAGGGCCAGAUAAGGAGGCGGCUGUUUUGGUGGAAGAUGGUGAAAAGGAGGAGCAGAGUAAAGCCUUGGAGGCAAAGACAGGAGAACAGGGUGAGCCAGAAAAGGUAUUGCAGGAGGAGGCAGCUGAAAGGGGACCAGAUCCAGUGGAGAGCUCCACUGAAACUGUCCCGGAAGAGCACGGGUCCAUAGAGGAGGCUUCUCAAGAGGCUUCUCAAGAUAAAGCACAAGCUGCAGAUGGGGAUAUCAAGCCAGCUGCUGUAGAAGACCAAACCAUCAUUGUUACAGUGACUGAAGCUGAGAAAUCCAUGGAGGAAACAAAGCCUCCUGUACCUCAUGCUGUCAGAAGUGAUGAUGAAAAGGAAGAGGAGGCAGGGAGGAAACCAGAGGAUUCAAUCCCUCUCAGUGCUUCUGAAAAAGGAGAGAAGGACAAAGAUGUACCAGUGCGGCCUGACAUUGAGAAGAUUAAAGAAAAGGAUUCCGAUUCUGGCAGCAGUUCUGCGGCUGAAAACAACAGCAUUGACCUGAAUUUGUCCAUAUCCAGCUUCCUUACCAAAAACAAGGAUUCUGGAUCGGUCUCCAUCCAGGAAACAAGGCGACAGAAGAAAACCUUGAAGAAAACCCGAAAAUUCAUGGUUGAUGGCGUGGAAGUCAGUGUCACCACCUCAAAGAUAGUCACUGACAAUGACACAAAGAAUGAAGAAAUGAGAUUUUUAAGACGCCAGGAACUGCGUGAGCUGAGAUUAUUGCAGAAGGAGGAACAAAGGGCCCAGCAGCAGCUGAGCAACAAACUACAGCAGCAGAGAGAGCAGAUAUUCUGCCGGUUUGAAAAGGAGAUGACGGGUAAAAAACGUCAGUAUGACCAGGAGAUUGAAAACCUGGAGAAGCAGCAGAAACAGACGAUCGAGCGCCUGGAACAAGAUCAUACCAACCGCCUCUAUCCAAAGGUGAAAUACGAAGUGGAAAAUUCUCCCAAACACAUGAGAAAAGAGCUCAUGAAACGCUUGAAAGAAGACCUAGCACAAAUCCAGCAGGAACAGGAGCAGGAGUUCCUGCAGAAGCAGCAGCAGGACCUUGACAGUGCCCUGAAGAAAAUUAUUCAGCAGCACAAGCAUGAGAUUGCUACUAUUGAGCGGGACUGUUUGAACAGCAAGCAGCAGCUUAUGAGAGCUCGGGAAGCUGCUAUCUGGGAGCUGGAGGAACGACACCUGCAAGAGAAACACCAGCUUCUGAAGCAACAGCUAAAAGACCAGUAUUUCAUGCAGAGACACCAACUCCUGAAGAGACACGAGAAAGAAAUGGAGCAGAUGCAGAGAUAUAAUCAGAGACUGAUUGAAGAUCUGAAGACAAGACAGGCACAGGAAAGAGGCAGGCUCCCCAAAAUUCAGCGUAGUGAAGCCAAGACCCGGAUGGCCAUGUUCAAAAAAAGCCUUAGGAUCACGUCAUCUGGGACUCCAGAGCAAGACAGGGAGAAGGUCAAGCAGUUCGCUGUUCAAGAGGAGAAAAGGCAGAAAAACGAGAGACUUCAUCAGCACCAGAAGCAUGAGAACCAAAUGAGGGAUCUCCAGCUGCAGUGUGAUGCCAACAUUCGGGAACUGCAACAGCUUCAGAAUGAGAAGUGCCACCUCCUGAUUGAGCACGAAACCCAAAAGCUGAAGGAGCUCGAUGAGGAGCACAGUCAAGAGCUGAAGGACUGGAGAGAGAAACUGCGUCCCAGGAAGAAGGCCCUAGAAGAAGAGUUUUCUAGAAAGCUGCAGGAACAAGAGGUGUUUUUCAAAAUGAGUGGUGAGUCAGAAUGCCUUAACCCUUCGGCACAGAGUCGAAUUUCCAAGUUCUACCCUAUACCAAGCGUCCAUUCCACAGGAUUCUAAUCCACGUCAUGUUCUGAACCACACACAGACUCCUGAACACAAACUGGAAGGUGCUGGUUGCAUCAUGGAAACUUUUCUGCCUUUCAUCUUCUCCAGUGAUGACAAUCAGCAUAAAUAUCUGAAGUGCAGUCUGAAGACACUUGAAGUCACUAUCUUGUCCUCUUUUUUGCUGGAAUAAGAAAAGGCUACAAACUGCGGUCUGUUUUCCACAACAUGUCGACAGUGAAGUAUAAAAUGGCUGCAGUUUGGUUUUAAAAUGGUCUUUUACCAUGUGGAAUAUAUUUAAAAUAAAUCCAAGUGAAAUGGGUUAUGAAGGGUUUUUUUUCUAUGGGUUUUGAGGCAGCAAUUGAAAAAAGUUUGAAAUGCAGCAGCGUAUUGGCACUAUUUGAACUUUAAGUAUUUAACUUAAUCCUUCCAAAACAGCUCAGGCAGUUUACUGUUUUGAUCAUUGUGAUUAACAACAAAUUAGAUUUUUUUGGUUCCUCAUAAAAAAUCAGUGCCUAAAAUAAUUUGUUCCCUUGAGCUGGCUUUUUAUACAAGAUUAUUUAAAAAAUAUAUAUUUGCUGCUUAUAUUUCCCUGAUGUUAUUUGCACUAAAAGUAGCUGGGAAAUUGUAUAAACGGUUAUAUACAGCCUAAAAAUACAUAUAUAAUAGAUCAGGUGGUGCUUGAAUUAGUUCUGUACUGUCGCAGGCCUAAUACUUGUAAUUACAUUUAAGAAAGAAUGUACUUUUGGUAAGGUAUAAAGUGCACAUUUCUAAGACGAAUCUUGAAAUUUAUUUUAUAUACUUUGUUUCUCAUGUGUUCAUUUGGUAAUGAUACAUUAAAUUCUAUCAAAAGAUAUUGAAUGAGAAACAAAGCAGUACUGGUUUAUACUGUUUGCCUGUUUGAAUAUUAUUCAAAAUGACUGUUCUGUUUCACCGUAUAGAUGCAUGUCUUUGCUUAAUUUUUAAAACACUUGUUUCUUUGUAUAUACUACUGUGGCAGUUUUCUUUCACACUGGUGAAGGUGAACCCUUUUUUUUUUCCCAUGGACGUGUAGAAAACAAAAAGCCUUUUACUUAUAAUUUAAAACAAAAUAACUGUUUGAAUUAGAAGUUAGUUACUUUGCUGUAAUGCACAAGAUGAGAAUCUUUUAUUUAUGGCACAAAUUAAGGUGAGGAGACAAACUAGUUUAUUUUAGAGAUAUGGCACACAACCCAAGGGGAAUUUCUUUCUAAUGUAAAGAAUGUAAUCUUUUAGUCAUAUCAUGCUAGUGUUCAGUGUCUGCUAUGAAUAUGCAGUAUGAAACAGUUUUGUACAAGAAAGUCAAGCUUGUGGCCUGCUCUAAUAAGGACUUGCUUCCCCAGAGUUCAUUGGUACCUUUUCUGAAAUUUUGCUUCUCAAUUCAAUUUUUUAAAAAAGAAAUACUUAAGGAAACCUUUUGCAGGAAAAUAAAAUACCAAAUGUGAUUAAACUUUGGAGGGGCACUGCAUGUUUUAUUUUGUAUCUAUUUAAAUAUAAAUGACUUUACAAUUUUGCAGUUAAGAUGUUACUAGCUUUUAGCCUUAACUUUACAAGACUGAACAUAUAUAGACAACACUGUAUCAAGUGUAAAGUGAUAUGCUAUCAUUUAUGCUUCUGUCCUUCCACAUUUGUUAUUUUGGUCUUUAUUUUGACAAUUUUGAUUUUGUAAACAUUUGUGGAGACUAUCUUCCCUUUAUCACUUGAUAACUCAUCAUCAUUGAAAACCAUGUGAUCUGAUCUUAAAUCUGAAGUUAAAUUGUUUCUUGAUGAUUAUGUUACUAGAUUUUUAAAAUGGCGGUGUUCAACUGCCUUUAGUUGCUUGUGCUGUUUGUCCCUCUCAAUACGGUGAUAGCACAAGAUGUAUCUUGUUCAAUGAAUAGAUAAAACAUUUUACUAGUUCUUUUCAUGAAGCUUUAUUGGAUGGGCUAUGGUUAUUUCAUUUUGCAGAUUAAGAAAUGCAUUCUUCAUGCCCUAAUAGUCCUUUAAAAUAAUUACUGGACUCAGGCAAGACACAAAAGAGGUUUGCAUGGCUUUGUCAAUUUGAUCCAUAGGAUCGGUGUACUUAAAAUGUCCUAAUAAUCUGUUCCAUUUAAAAUGUUUUUUCCCCCCGUAUUUAGGGUAAACCUUUAAUAACUUUUUCGCACCUCGAAAAGAAAGGCAAUGAAUUUAAAUUUGACACAUUAUUCCUUAAAUCUAAAAUCCUUGCUGCUGGAUUUUCCCGUGAAUUGUGGGUAAUAUAUUAAUAGUGCAUGUAAAGCAUUUAAAAUGUAGCUUGAAACACCUUGUUAAAUUACUUGAAUUUAACAUGUAAUACUAAACGUCCCGUUUGAGUCUGGUUUGUGAACGCAGCCACCUACAAACAGCUAGAUGGACCAUCUAAAUCUGCUUGCCCUGAGCUAUGAUGGUGUCUGCUGUUACUAGAUCAUGGUGAUGAGCUUAUGGGUGUUGUGCCUCCAAGCUGUCAAAUGUUCUGUUGAAAAGUGAUUUUCUUAUGUUCCAGUCUGUAAACAUUACAAUGAUGUAUAAUCUGAAUGUCUCAAAUUCAAUGAUUUUACUAUGUAGAUCUUUUGCAUUUUAAAGGUCAGGUGAUUUAUAGAAGAAAUAUGCUUCUGUAGAUUGACAUUUUGUUGUAAAUAAAAUGUUUACUGUA